CUCAUUGUCACUUUUAGCCAUACUUUUCCUCAACGUGCACAUGUGCAUUAACCAAAUGCUUAUGGAUUUGGGAUUACCAAUUGCAGACUUGUCUUAAGGGAUAAAACGGCACCAGCUUGGGUGAAAGCCUCUUUUUCAGCGGCUUCCGUGAGUUAGGACACAAGCAUAACUGCAGUGGGAAAGGCAAGAAAAACACUUCACUUCUCCACAAAAAAAAAGAGCCUGGAGGCAACAUGGAGUUUCUUUACAAUAUUUUAGGGGACAAUGCUUGGCUGUACAUCAGUGCCACCUUCACAGUGUUGUGGAUUGCAGUGUGGCUUUACAGAGACAGCCUGGAGAUCGAAGACUUGGCUGGCAAAUAUGUCUUUGUGACCGGUUGCGACUCUGGCUUUGGUAACCUGCUGUGUAGGAAGCUGGACCAAAAAGGUUUCUGCGUGCUGGCUGGUUGCCUCACGGAAAAGGGAGCUGACGAUCUGAAAAGGAUGACGGGACCGUACUUGAAGACUGUCCUACUGGACGUGACCAGUCAGGAAAGCAUCCAGAAAGCCAUGGAGUGGACCAAGAAGGAGGUGGGCGAUAAUGGACUCUGGGGUAUCGUAAACAAUGCCGGCCGCUCGUUACCCAUGGGUCCCACCGAGUGGAUGAAAGUGGAGGAUUUCCACAGUACGCUCAAGGUCAACAUGAACGGCGUAAUCGCCAUGACGGUGACCUUCCUGCCCUUGGUCAAGAAGGCCCGUGGGCGCGUCGUGAACGUGGCAUCGGUCCUGGGCAGGGUGGCGGCCAAUGGUGGUGGUUACUGCAUCUCCAAGUUUGCCGUGGAGUCUUUUUCCGACUGCCUCAGGAGAGACAUCAACUACUUUGGAGUGAACGUGUGCAUCAUCGAACCGGGCUUUUUCAAGACCGCCGUGACCAGUCUGGAGCCCAAUGAGAAGGAAUUACAUCGUUUGUGGAACCAGCUCAGCCCAGAAGUACAAGCCAGCUAUGGGGAUAAGUACCUCGAUAAGUACAUCAAGAUCCAGCGGUUCAUCAUGAAUGCCAUCUGCGACGCCGACCUCACCAAGGUGACCAACUGUAUGGAGCACGCCCUGACCGCCAUGUACCCGCGCACCCGCUAUAGCGCCGGCUGGGACGCCAAGCUCAUUUGGAUCCCGCUCUCAUACAUGCCGUCAUGGGUGGUCGACAUCGGGCUCAAGCUGGUUCUGCCCCGUCCUUCCAAGAGUGUGUGACUUACUUCCCAUUAUGGGGGUGAUGCUGUGAGGAGAUGAUUAGUUGUAGUUACUUAUAUUAAUUACUGAUGUAUUUAUAAGUUGCAUUAUCUCUCAUGUGAAAUUUACACUUGAUCAAAAUUCUAAGGUGAAAAAUUCCAAGAAUUUACAUUUGGCACAGAUAGAUCUUCAUGAGGUUCUAAGUAGAGUUUCAAAAUGCAAAAAGCAGAAAUGUGAGUGAGACACAAUAAAAUUUGAGUACGCAAUUUAUGGCAAACCACCAUUUAAGUGAAAUAGGCUGUUCAUCAGCUGAUCAACAGUUUAAGAUCAUAGCUAAAAAAAAACGACCCCCACCUAAAAUAGAAAUGAAAUGUUCAAAAAAAGGACUCAGUAAUGAGUAGCUGCACCAUUAACGAUAAUCACCCCAAAAAUGAGUCUUGGCAUGCUUGAUGCCAGUUUUGCCAGGAGACCAGUGGGAAUGUUGCUCCAGGUGGAAAAAAUGGCUUCACUGAGGGCCUCCACGCUCUGGAAGUGAUGUCCAUUUUUUUAAACUUCCCUUACCAUUCAUCCUCAAAUGUUCUCAAUUGAAUUUCGAUCAGGGGGACACGCAGGAUGGUCCAAAAGAGUGACAUGAUUCUUCUGGAAGAAGUUCUUUGUCAAGUGGGCAUUGUGAACCGCAGCGUUGUCCUGUUGAAAAACCCAGUCAUUACCCCACAGAUGAGGGCCUUCAGUCAUGAGGGAUGCCCCUUGCAACAUCUCCACACAGCCACGCCCCUGCACCACCCGAAGCUCCAUUGUUCCACUGAAUGAAAAAGCACCCCAGAUCAUGAUGGCGCCCCCUCCACUGUGACAGUAACAUUGAAAGCCAUCAGGACCAUCGAGGUUGCAUUUUUUUCUCAUUAAAGAAUAAAACUUUCUUCCACCUUUCAAUGUUCAAUGUUUGGUGCUCUCAUGCAAAUUCCAAAUGUACAAUUUUGUGGUGUUGAAGGAGACGAAGACUUUGAAGAUGUGUUUUGUUCUUAGGCCCUGUCCACAUGGGAACGCUCCUGAGAUUAAAAAUAAAUAAAUAAAUUUCGACCACACUGUAAAUAGUUGAAUCCAGAUGGGAACGGAUCACUGAGUGAAAACAAUAUAAUACACAAGGCAGCACCUACGUGUGGCGCUGUGAACAGAGACAGAACCACAUGGUACAUGGUAUAGAAGAAGAAAGGGCGCGUGCGCAAAAGUCCGUCGUCUUCCGCUUUCCAAGGUUCAUCUAGACUUACGACAAAGUGGAAUUACAUGUGCGUCAUUUUUGGAGUAUAGGACCAGAAAAUACCGGGAGAAUGUCGACUGUGGUGAGUCAUGACACUCGAAAUAUUCAGACAUUAUGUUGGCUUGUCGUCAAAGCUCAAUUCUGGCCACAUGACGGCCACGCAUCGUUGACGUCAUGGCUUUUAAAAAACAGCAGAUUGCUCAUCAAUAAGGAAACGACGAGCUGGCGUUUUCAGAUUUUCCUCUGUAAGCCAUUUUCAAAAAAUGUCAUUUCGGGCACCCAGAAUGCUGUUUCUGUCUGGAUGAGAGGGUGAAACGAUAAAAUACUUUGCCGUUUUGACCUGAAAACGUUUUCGUGUGCAUAGCCUCUUAAAACCCUUCUGUUUCAGAUGCCAUCUAAUGGUUAUUGGACUGCACUCGGCACCAGUAACAACCAAGGGUUGGCCCGUGUCUCGACGGACAGCCAAUGGGAUCCUCCGGCUCAGGGCCAGUGACACUUUUUUGGGUCUACCACUUGACUUUCUUUGUUCCAUAACCCUCAGGAUCUUUUAAGAAGUAGUCUUACUGCGUCCAAACUUAGCAGCAACAGCGCACUGCAAGAGACCUUGCUUAUGCAGCUCAACAAUCUGACCGCGUUCAAAGAGAGAAAGCUUUUUUGCCUUUGCCAUCAAGGGAUACCUGACAGAAAAUGACACUGAAUCCAGAUUUUGCCUUUUAAAGGCUGUGGUCUUAAAUUUUUGAUAAGCUGAUGAACAGCCAAUUUCACUUUAAUGGCUGUUUGCAAUAAAGUGCAUGUUGAAGCUCUACUUAGAACCUUCCUAAGAUCCAACAGUGCAAAAUUUUAAUUUUUGCAAUUUCUCAGAUGGUCUUAAAAAUUUGAUCAGGAGUGUAUUUCCUUGAUUUAUUUAGCAAAAAAGGCGCUAUUCAAUGUUCAGUUUGACAUUGUUGUGCCUUUUUUUGCCAUAGUAUUUAUGCUCCUUCAUCUUGAGCGUGCGUAGUCAAAAACACCAAAAUAAAGAACAUGUUUUCAAUAAACCAGCCGUGUUGAAUGCAAGUGCUAUGACAUGAAGGGUAGAGCAUGUCAUUGUAUGUUAAGGUGAGUUCAACUCUUUGUUUAAGUUGCUGUAC